AUGGCUUGGACUUAUUGGCAGUGGGUUUGGUGUAAUAUUUUCAUUAGCACUGCUAUAUUUUUAUUUAUACUUUUCGUGUUGGUUAUUUUACUAUGUUUCUUCGAUAAAUUAUUCUUCAGUGUUGUUGCUAAACUUUUCAAUAUUAAACGUUGUACUAUUGAUGUACACCAUAUUAUUCGAAGAAAUUCCACAGUUAAUACCUCAAGUGCUCCAAUAACUAAAGCGACUAAUUUUGUUUCGAAAAUUUCGCGUUUCCCCAGGACGCCUACUGAUAAAGCAUCUAACAGAGAUGAGGAUCUCGAAAAUCCAGUUCCUGUCCGCGACCACUCACCGAAAAAAGAAGAAGAAGAAGCCUUGCAAUAUCCUUCGUCACAUCCAGAAUACAAACGAACAAUAUUGAACAUGUAUGGAAAGUUUCUUCCUUCAGAUGGAGUAAUAAAUAAAAUUUCCCUAACAAUCAUAACUACAAUUAUCAUCGCAGCUGCUAUUAUUGCUAUUUUCAACACUCUUUUCCUAGCCACUACAGCUGUUUAUCGAGAUGGUCCAUGUCCUAACUAUGGUCCAAUGGAGUGUUUCUGUGGUAAUAAUCAAACAUAUUUUGUAUGCCAAACUGGCGACACUGUCAGCUUUCCAUUAGAUACUCACAGUGGAACAUGCUUUCGUUGGAUUGUGCGUGACAUAACAACAUCGGAUGUUACGACACAAAUUGGCGUUACUGCAGGAUUAUUGACUGCUUUGGGAAGUAUUGCUGAAAGUCUAAUACGUCUAUACCUCUAUGUACUUCAAAAGCGCUUAGGUAUUGAUGCACUCAAACACGUCACUAAAUUUUCUGAAGCCGAAAUACAAGAAUGGCAUGCGGAGUUUCUCCGUGAUUGCCCCAAUGGUAAACUUGACAAGAAGGAAUUUAGGCAAGUUUACAAGAAAUAUUAUCUACCCGACAAAGCAGACAUUUUUUGCAAUUAUAUUUUUAAAAUAUUCGACACUGAUAUGGAUAAUUCAAUUAGUUUCGAUGAAUUUCUUAUAGCUGUUUCACCUGCAAGUCAGGGACCUCUUGAUGCUCGUCUUGAGCUCACUUUUGAUAUGUAA